AUAGUGUGCUCCUUGAAAGUAAAUAAACAUUUAAAAGUUGUAAGGUUUACCAAACUCAUAGGCUGUAAAUAGAUAAAAUUGUUUAAAGUUAAUGUAUAGUGACUGGAAACAGAUGUAAAUAUAAGGCAACAAAAUUUUACUGGAUGAACUCCAGGUUCUCCUGAUAGAGGAGGGAUUUACAGAAGGUAACAGAACAUGAUGGCAGAAAACUAUACAAAAGAGCUUAACCAGAAGAAUGUUAGAGAAAAGUUAAAUUCUGAGAAGAUUAAGCUAUGGCUACCACCUUAUACAACAGAAAGUGAUGAAAAAGGAGAAAUACCAAGAGAUUUGAUUGAUAGAUUUAGUAAAGAUUUAAAAUUACCAGAAGAUGAAAUCACAGACAUUCUUGAGUUGUUGAGAGUUCAUGCUAUUCAGAAACUACAAGAAAGAAACAAAUUUCAGGAAUCUGGACUAGCAACAAUCAAAGUCAAAAUAUCUGGACCAAAGUCAAAGGAUGACACAAAACAUAGUCUUACAUCUGUAGAGAUUUCAUUAGACAGUAAAGGACAAGAAUUUAGAAAGAUAAUCUCAGAAAGAAUAGGCAUCCCUCAAGAUCAGCUGAAAAUCAUUUGUCAGGGAAAAGUUGUUGGGAAUGAGUCAACCUUGAAGGAACAAAAUGUCAAAAACAGUUCACAAGUUUUAGUCUUGUGUUUAUCCGUAUCAGAAUCAGAGGCGGCCAAACAACAAGGAGAAAUAACAAAGUUCAUGUCAACAAAGAAAGCUGCAGAACUCUUGUCAACAAAGGCUGGAAAAGAUGAUGAUGAUUUUGAAAUACAGAUAGCUGACCAAUCAGGGAGACCCCUGCAGUUGCCAUCAGAAGAAAAGAAGGCUCUGACAUUAGCCAUGACUUUACAUGAGAAAGGAAGGGUUGCUCUAAAGAAGAAAGAAAUAGCACAAGCAUUGUUACUGUUAUUAGAAGCAGAUAAAGAGUUUAGUAAGUGCCGAGCUGAUAUUUUGAAUGCUGUAGACAAUUAUGCUGUAUUAUGUUUGGACAUUGUGUGGUGUUAUUUAUGUCUGAAGAAUGUCGAAGAUUUACCAGAUGCAGAAAAAAGACUGAAUAUGAGUGAAGAUUGUUUUAUCAGAAGUUAUGGAUCAAACUUUGAAAGGUUGAAUGCAGUUAAAGGUGGAAGUGGAACUGAGCUAGCAUUGUUUAUGAGACUACAUUUACUACAAGGAAUUGUAGCCUUUCAUCAGCACAGGCUACAGGAUGCCAGAAGACUGUUAUCAAAGGCUGAAUUUGAAUUGCAGCAUUUAGUUGUUGACCCUGAGAAAUUGACUGAAGUGAUGACAAUGGGAUUCAAUGAAAGAGAGGCUCGUCUUGGACUGCGUGCAUCUGCUGGACAUAUAGAACAAGCCGUGGCACAUAUAAUGCAAAGAAAAGAGGAGAAAAAGGGAAUAUCAAAGAAAAUUAAAGAAGAAAGGAGAAAAAAAAGAAUCCAGAAAAGUUUGGGAUUAACAGCAAAUAAAGACAAAGUGAAUAUUGACAGUUAUGAUAUGUUAACCAAUAUGGGAUUUGGAGGUGGAGCAGCAGCCGAGGCCUUACGACAGGCAAACAAUGACGUUGGCCAAGCUUUAGAGGUUCUAGAAAAGCAUCCAGAGUUUCUCUCCCUACCUGAUCCAGAGCACAAGGAUAUUACAAUUACAGAUGAAAUGUUAGCUCAGGUGUACAGUUUAGGAUUUGAUCCAGAAAUGGCAAGAGAAGCAUUAAAGUUACAUGCUGGGAGUAUUCAGAAGGCGAUAGAUGAGUUAAUACGCAGUGGUGGUAUUUUAGCUAGAAGUAGUUUAGAAGGCAGCUCUGAUAGUUCAAGUGCUGACAGUUCACCAGAAGCAGGUCCUUCUGAAAUCAAUAAAACGGAGGAGAAAAAAAGAAAGAAAGAAGAAAAGGAGGCUUUACAAGAUUUUAUGUCUGACCUCCCUGAAGAUGAGGAAGAUUACUUAGAUUUAACAUUGACUGAGGAGGAACAGUUUCUUAAGGAAUAUAAAUCAUUGGUUGAUAGUCUUGGAGAUACAUGAAUGGGUGGUCACAUUCAGAAAAAAAAUAAUUAAAUGAAUGAUCACUGCUUGAUAGACAAAACACUGCUGUGUUAUCUCCCUUUUACAAGGAUGAGGGUUUUAAUGAGGGUCCUUUUUUUUUUUUUUUUUUUUUUAAUUAUUAUGGACUUUUUUUGCUAUUCUUUAUAUUUUUGGCCAAUUUUUCUCUAUUCUUUGUAUUUAAGCAUUCUGGUAUUCUCUUUUCAAAUUUUUACCCAUUUUUCUUGAGUUUUUUUGCACAUAAUUUUCUAAUCUAAAAACUCCAUCUACCCCCUCAUAUAUUAACAAUAAAUUAUUGGACAAUCUACGAAUUAUAAAUUAAUUUACAAAGGUUACAUUAUGUACAUGUUGUGUGUGUACAUGAGGUCUAUUUGACCUGUUAAGACUCCUGUUUCAAUUUUUUAAUCCCAUAAUUAAAUAAAACUCCAUGAGGUGAACCAACACCUGUGUGAAUCAUUUCGAGAGUCCCCUAUAAUUAGAUAGAUCAUAUGAGUAAGUCCGGCUUCUUUGUGUCUCAGGUUCAAUUUUGUGGGUUUACAUAGCGAUAUUUAAACAGGAGAUAUAACGAUUUAUAUGCCCAAUCCAAAUCAAAAGUGACAAUGAAGUGAAACAAAUGCCUCUUGAUCCUACAUUCCUAGCUAAAAACAAACAUGACUGAAACUGUAAAUACAUUUGGACAUUUGACAAUGAUUAAAGAGACAGAUCAAGUAAAAGGCAACAUACCUGCCAAGUUUUCAAAAUGCCCAUGCCGGUUUUUACGUGCAAGAUGGCUGCCAUACUCCUAAAAAACCUUCAAGGGGGCCUUCAAAUACAGUUUAAUGUUGUUUUUUAAAGCAAUUGCUUUCAUGCCGUCGCGUAUGGCCAUCUUUGUGACCCAGAUCAGAGACUCCGCCCAGAUCAAGCCAUAGUAUUUUGUUAAACAGGCUCCUGGUCUGUCAUUCUUAAACACCUAUGUAUGUUUUCUAAUGCAAUACAUAGCUUGAAACUUUUGAAAAACGUUAGUGGGUUUAAGAGGUUUCAGCAUACGUUCUUGUAGAUGUAUUUUUGUAUUUAGGGGGACAACCGUUUGACUAUCAAAAAACAUAGACGUCCGAGUGAAAAAAUGCAUUUUUAUACGACCGCAAAUUUUGAAAAAAUUUUCGUCGUAUAUUGCUAUCAUGUUGGCGUCGUCGUCGUCGUCGUCGUCGUCGUCCGAAUACUUUUAGUUUUCGCACUCUAACUUUAGUAAAAGUGAAUAGAAAUCUAUGAAAUUUUAACACAAGGUUUAUGACCAUAAAAGGAAGGCUGGUAUUGAUUUUGGGAGUUUUGGUCCCAAUAUUUUAGGAAUUAGGGGCCAAAAAGGGCCCAAAUAAGCAUUUUCUUGGUUUUCGCACUAUAACUUUAGUUUAAGUUAAUAGAAAUCUAUGAAAUUUUGACACAAGGUUUAUGACCACAAAAGAAAGGUUGGGAUUGAUUUUGGGAGUUUUGGUUUCAACAGUUUAGGAAUUAGGGGCCAAAAAGGGGCCCAAAUAAGCAUUAUUCUUGGUUUUCGCACAAUAACUUUAGUUAAAGUAAAUAGAAAUCAAUGAAAUUUAAACACAAUGUUUAUGACCACAAAAGGAAGGUUGGUAUUGAUUUUGGGAGUUUCGGUCCCAACAGUUUAGGAAUUAGGGGCCAAAAAGGGACCCAAAUAAGCAUUUUUCUUGGUUUUCGCACCAUAGCGUUAGUAUAAGUGAAUAGAAAUCUAUGAAAUUUAAACACAAGGUUUAUGACUAUAAAAGGAAGGUUAGUAUUGAUUUUGGGAGUUUUGGUCCCAACAGUUAAGGAAAAAGGGGCCCAAAGGGUCCAAAAUUAAACUUUGUUUGAUUUCAUCAAAAUUGAAUAAUUGGGGUUCUUUAAUAUGCCGAAUCUAACUGUGUAUGUAGAUUCUUAAUUUUUGGUCCCGUUUUCAAAUUGGUCUACAUUAAGGUCCAAAGGGUCCAAAAUUAAACUUAGUUUGAUUUUAACAAAAAUUAAAACCUUGGGGUUCUAUGAUAUGCUGAAUCUAAAAAUGUACUUAGAUUUUUGAUUAUUGGCCCAGUUUUCAAGUUGGCCCAAAUCGAGGUCCAAAAUUAAACAUUGUUUGAUUUCAUCAAAAAUUGAAUAAUUGGGGUUCUUUGAUAUGCCAAAUCUAACUGUGUAUGUAGAUUAUUAAUUUUUGGUCCAGUUUUAAAAUUGGUCUAAAUUAAAGUGCAAAGGGUCCAAAAUUAAUCUAAGUUUGAUUUUAACAAAAAUCAAAUUCUUGGGCCUCUUUGAUAUGCUGAAUCUAAACAUGUACUUAGAUUUUUGAUUAUGGACUCAGUUUUCAA